AUGCGGUGGUUUGAUGUGCAGCAUAAGACAGAGGAUAUACUUAAUAAUUUAAAUAAAGAAGGGAUUAAAGUUAAUGCUGUUGUCACAGAUUGCGCAUCUCAAUAUGAAGCAGCAAGAAAUUCAAACAAAUUUUCAACUGUUGCGGAGCAAGCUAUUCAUCUUGUAUCUUUUUUUAACCGAUCAACUUUUUUUUUAGGUCGUCUUCGUUCAGAACAACUAGCUUUAUAUAAAUCUUAUGUUUCUUUUGUGUUGCCAAAUUCAACAAAGAUAGAAGAAGGCAAUGAUGAAGAUUUUAAUAACUUUCCUGAAAUUCUUCUUACUUAUAUUUCAAACAAUGAAUGGUGGAAUAACCUUAUGCAAUUAAAAACUCUUCUCGAACUAUAUAUGGCAUCAUUGAACAAGCUUCAGCGAGAUAAGGGUCGCCUUUCUGAUGUUUUGCAUAGUUUCGGCUGGGUAUGUCAAGUGAUUAAAAAUCUUUCUGAUGGCGCUCUUAGAGAUUAUUUAAUCACAAAAUUAGAAAAGCGAUGCCAACUAAGAUCAAAACUUACCCGUUCACGAAACAUUGCAGCUAUUGACAAAUCAUUAAAGAUAUAUAAACAAAACAUUGCAAUUCCGGUUGAAGAAAAUGAUGAACAAACGAGUUUAGAUGAAGACACAGAAGAAGAGCAAUUAAUUAGUCUAUCAGAAAAUGAUAUGGAUUUAGAAAAUCCUGGAAAGCAAAUUCAGACGAAUAAUGCAAUUGUAAAUCAAUGGGUUAGUCUAAAUGAAGAGAAGGAAGUUGAAGAUGACUUAAAUGAAUCAGAAAGUCUGUCUGAAUUAUAUUUUGAUGAAGUAGAAUUUCAUCCUGUGGAUGACUUUACAGCCAAGUGGAAGCUAGCAGAUCUUUUUGUAGAUUCACUAGUACAACCUGCUCAUAUUAAUUUACUUUUGGGUGACUAA